UUGUGCAAUUUACUUACUGAUUAAAAUGUGGAGUUUAUUUAGAUGUGCAAUUGUAGCUAUUAUUUUUGGAAGUUUGAUGUCGACAAUGUCAGCACAACAGUUAUUUGUCGGCUCGCUUCUCGGAGAUAACCAGAACAACAAUAACAAUCCCAAUAUACCACUACUAGACUCGCUAGGCCUAGGAUCAAACAACCAACAGAAUUCUUAUGACAGUAACUACAAUCAGUAUCCAAAUAAUUACAAUAAUAAUGGAAAUAGGGGCUUACUGUCAGUACUUGGAGGUAACAAUGCAAAUGCUAAUAGACCGAAUACUAACAGCUUAAAUACCUUCAAUCGUUAUCCGAACACAGGACAAACAAAUCUAAACAAUAACGCUAAUUUAAAGAACCAAGUGAAAGAGGCCGAGAAACUAUUAGAAAGGUUAAAGGAACUGAAUAGGUUGAAAGAACAGCAAAAGUUGCAAAAAGAAAAAGAAAGUCAAGGACAACCGGGUAAAGACAAUGAUAAUCCCAAACCAGAUAAUAGUGACAAUGAAAACACACAUAUAAAACAUGAGCAUGAGAAAACUGGUGUUCUAAAGUCAUUGACGAAGAAGAAGUUAUACUUUAUGGUAAAGCCAGUGGUGCCAGAAAAUGAAGCGAGCAAAUAUGAGCAAACGGUGUAUUACGAGGACUGAGGUUUUAAGUGAUAAUAUUUUGUUGAAUUUUUGUGAUUACCUAUAUUAUUUGGUAUAUCUAAAAGCUAUUAAUAGUUUGUAAAAAUAUAUGGCCCGAGAAGAAAAUUAGGCGUGAGAAACUCAGUGAAGUAUGUUUCAAGCAGCAUGUUUAAGUAAAUUCAAACAUGUUUUUAAAUUGUACGUGACAUCAGUGUCAUCAAAAUGACUUCAAUUUAAAAUUAUGACAACACAAAUUUACUUUCAUUUCUUUCUUUGCGUCAGAUUCUUUCAACGUUUGGAAUGAGGACGCACACUCAAAGGUUAUCACAGAUGGCGCCACCCUAUUAGUCCAUUGCACUUGCAUUGCACAGAUAAAGAAUUUCAUACGUGAGAGCGAGAAGAUGAUAUGUUUUUUCUCUCUCUCACAUAAUUAUGAAUGACAGUGACAUGGCCAGACACUUGCAAAGGCGCUGCCUGGCGGGAAAAAAUGUCAGUGUGCCUCUUCAUUGCUGUAAACCGUAAUUACUAUUUGGGUACAAUAAAUUGUAA